AUGUUUAGUACUGUCAAGGUUAGCAAUGUGUCCCUGGAAGCAGUACAGUGUGAUAUAAAGAAAUUCUUUUCUUUUUCUGGUGACAUUGUGCAUGUUGAAAUGCAGAGUGGCGAUGAGCUGUCUCAAGUUGCCUACAUUACUUUUAAAGACAAUGAAGGAGCUGAGAUGGCAAUGCUUGUUACGGGGGCCACGAUAGUUGAUAUGGCUGUCAUUGUCACGCCUGCCACUGAUUAUGAGCUACCACCCAAAGACACAAAACCUUCUGCCCUCCAAAAGGCCGAGGACAUUGUUGGGACCAUGCUGGCGAAAGGAUUUAUCCUUGGUAGGGAUGCACUGGACAAAGCAAAAGCUCUGGAUGAGAAGCAUCAGCUUACAUCAACUGCUACUGCUAGAGUAUCUUCCUUCGACAAGAGAAUUGGUCUAAGUGAGAAGAUCAGUGUUGGUACUUCAGCUGUCAAUGAUAAAGUGAAGGAAAUGGAUCAGAAGUACCAAGUCUCUAAGAAGACAAAGUCAGCACUGGCAGCUGCUGAACAGAGCGUCUCGAUUGCUGGAUCCGCCAUCAUGAAGAACAGAUAUGUCCUCACCGGGGCAGCAUGGGUAACUGGUGCCUUCAGCAAGGUGACCAGUGCAGCCAACGAUGUUGGUGCAAAGGCUAAGGAGAAAAUAGCAGCUGAGCAGGAGCACAAGAAUGUUGAGGGUGGGUCUGCAGCACAACCAGACAUCCCAGAAGGCCCAACAACACACAGGGAAGUGGACGGUGAAUUUGCAAAGAUACAUGUGUCUGAAACCCCUGAAGAUAUCCCAUCUCCACUGUGGCGACUGUCCCUGCUGUUAUCAAUGAGGAGCCCAGCAAGGCGUCUCCACCCGCUGAUGCUCCUAAAAAGCCGGAACCUGCUCACGGAUUGAUACUAUGAUAUGAUUC